AUGGAGGCAGCGCCGCACACCAGGAAUUUAAUUGGGCACGACCACGAGGAAGCACCGUUUGUCAACCUCUUCUCGCAAGAGGAUCCGGUGUCCCAGGGCCUUUCUACUCGUAUUCUGGUCCCCGUCGCCUGCAUCUUGCUGGUCGUCCUGGUGCUUGGCCUCAUAAGCCUGGCAGGCCACACGAUGGGGCCAGUAGCCUUCUUGAGAAGGGAUGAGCAACUCCUGCUCCAGUAUCCGUCUGACAAGAUUGUGAUCAAUGGUCCUGCAACGGCCUUCUUCAUACCAUUUCUGGCAAAGGCACAGAGACGGCCGGCGCUCGUGCUGGAGGACGAGUGGUAUGUCACAGUCACCGACCAAAUUUCUGGGGCCAUGACCACGCAGCUGGGUCCGAAGCUCUAUUUCCCCGGUGCUUACGACUCGGUUUCUGAGAAGACUCGGAAGCUUGUGCUGCAGAGCCAUGAGUACGUGAAGCUCCUGCAGAAGCGCACUGGCGACCGGAGGGUUGUCACUGGGCCACGAGUCCUUGUUCCCGAACCCACCGAGGAAGUUGAGAAGAAGGGCACGGGCAUCAGCCUGUCACGGGAGCAGUUCGUGCGGGUGAGAAACAAGGAUGGCCAGGAGCGCAUUGAGAAAGGGGAGAAGCUCUUCUUCCCUGGGCCAGAGGACCAUGUCAUGGAGACAAGGGCGGGAUUCAACCUCAAGAAGGAUGAGUAUGUGCGGCUCUUUAACGACAAUGGCGGCGUGCGCGUGGAGAAGGGGGAGCAGCUGGUUUUCCCACGGCCUUUGGAGUCCUGUCCCAGGGGGAUCGAGGCAGCUGUGCACGUCGACGACGAGACGGCUGUUGUUGUCAGCUCGCGGACGACUGGUUCGGACCAGUGGCGUCUCGUGACGGAGAAGGGCCCAUUCAUCCCCGGCGAGGAUGAUGAUCGCAUCGAGGCAAGACAAAUCAUCAAGGUGGACCCUCACCACGUGUACAUCAUCACCACCAGAGACGGUACGAAGAAGUUCAUCAGUGGCGGUGAUGCCGGGGUGUCCUUCUUCCUGCAGCCCUAUGAGCAGAUCAACGCGAUGAGGUGGAGCUCUGGCACAUCCCCUGACGACCUGCAAGCCGGCCGGGUGAAGAACGCUGCCAGGCCGGAGUACUUAGUGGAUGUUGAGAGCAUCGACACCCGCUGGCAGGACGCAGAGUUCAAGUUCACCGUGCAGACAUCCGACAAUGUGAAGCUCAACCUCGAAGGCCACAUCUUCUGGCAGGUGGUGGACGUUCCAAAGAUGUUUGCAAACACAAAAGACCCGAAGGGUGACGUGUGGAAAAAUACCCGACACGUCCUCAAUCAGGUGGUGUCGAAGGUCAACCUGGCUGAGUUCAUGGAAGCCUUCAACAACCUGGUCAAGAACGCCACAGCCGAAGACAUGGAGUUUUACGACAUGCGCGGCACCCGCGUCCACCGCGUGGAAGUUACCGGCUACACCUGCAGCGACCCGCUUACUGAGAAGACGCUCCAAGAGGUGAACCAAGAGACGACGAACACAAUCAACCGCCUGAAGAAGCAAGAGUCGGAGAACCAGGUCGAGCGUGAGAGGAUGUUGGCACAAAUCGAGCUGGAGCAUCAGAGGACCAAACUCAUUGAGGUCAGGGCCGAGAAUGAGCACAAGAAUGCCUCCAUCGCUGGGCAAUCGCAAGGGGUGCAGCUGGCGGAGCAGGUGAGAACCUUCCUCGCAACGCUCAACGACACUGUGCCAGAGGUGGAGCGGCGAUUGGCGCUCUUCAAGCUCUUCGAGGACAACCGCGCCAUGAUUGAGAACACUCACAGGGUGUUUGUGACCCCUGAGCAGAUGAAACUCCGGCUGCAGUUGCCAGACUCCGACAAGGAUGGGGACGGCCCACAGGACGCAGCAGCGACGAUCAACAAGUUAAAGCGUCAGAAGCAUGAGAUCCCAGUGCAGAAGCUUGCAGACAUCUGUGUAGCCGCGGUGACCGUUAAAAGCAACGCUUCGCAUACCCCUCUGGCAUUUGCCUUGCGGCGUUGGCUGCAUGGGCCAGGUGCCGUCGGGACCAGCAACCUGAUCCGAAAGUUCUGCAAAGCGUUUGUGGACCAGGCUUCCGAGUGCCAGCUUACUGUGGCUUGUCAGGUGGGUACCGAUCUGAGCAAGUCGAAUCUGUGCCGCGGGCCCAAUUCCUACCUGUGUUCAUGUUUCUGGGUGGUGCAGCUGGAUGUGGCCGGAAGAAUUGGCGCCGCGCGCUGCAGUCACCUCAAAGUUGUUGAGCACAGGAGCUUCAAUCAAAACACCCGGUUCUGGUUGAUGUCCAUGGUGCUGACCUCAGUGCACCUGGUGUGCCAGGUUUUGGUUCGACCGCCCAGAGACCCCGAACCGCCCCCACGGGAGCGUCCUGCGCGCACACGCGCUGGCGGGCCCCGGAAGCCGCCAGAGCGCGGGCCGUUUGUCGCAGAGCCGACAGUGACGGUGAUCAGCCCCUGCAGCUGCUCAGAGCUGCUGGCCUCAUGGGCGCCGCGGCCGGUUCCCCAGGCUAGCCUUUCCACGGACGAGGUCAGCGCCGGCGCUGCCGCUGAGGCGCUAGAGCGAGGAGAGCUCUCGCGGUGGUUCUUGGGCCCCUACCUGGAGGGCACACCGUACGCAGGUGAGCAGUAUUCGCCGGACCAGGUUGGCAAGCUCUACACCUUCAGAUAUGAUGCUGCGGACGGACCUGUGCACGUAUGGCGGCAUUGUCUCAACCUGCGACCAGCUGUCAAUGAACGGCAGGAAGAAUGCAUCGUCCUGUACCACUACACGAGCGAACUGGGUUUUGAGAAUGUCGCGAACACGAAUUACGAAGACGCCACAGUCUUCGCCUCCUUGGUGGACUCGCGUGCCCACUUCGGCAAAGGUGUCUAUGUUAGCCAGUACGAGCCAAGUGUAUGGGGAUUGCGAGUCCGGAUUCUUCUGAACAACUAUAGCAACGGGAGCCCGUUGCUCCGUGACACAAGCAGCGCGGAGCCCACGCGAGUGAACCUGGAGUGGGGUGAUGGCAACCAGUGGGGUCACCGCGCAGCGUACUGCAUCCCAAUCAUCAUUUCUGCCUCCAGGGCCUACAAUAUCUUCAAACGGCACACGCCGGAUUUUGCCAAGAGGUAUGUCGAGGUUGAUGGACGCACCCGCCGAGUCCGCCUUGGUCAAGAUUACAAAGGUCGUCAGGUACAUCGCAGCCGUGACGUAUGGGUGAUUGCGCUCGACGAGCAUCUACAGGUAGAGAACAGGAAGACCAAGGAAGUGCUUGAGCAACGCCUCAAGAUCCUCCGCAUGGAGAAGGGGAACACAGACGAUGCCACCCUGCAGUGCAUGAACGAACUGGGCGAGAGGUUCUUCGCCCAUGGCUGGAUAUCUGCUGCAGCACAGCUGCAUAUCGAGUGUCUGGUCAACCGCCAAGCCAAGUUCGGAAAGGAUCACCGCGACUCAUUGCUCUCGGCAAACAGCCUGGCGGAGAUUCUUCUGCAAAAGGGCUGGCUUCGGGAAGCCACUUCAAUCUUGCGGGAGGUGCUGGCCACCAGCCGAACGCGGCUGCCCGAUGAUCCGCUGACCUUGGAAGCCCUCAGCAAGCUAGCCACAGUGCUGAGUGAACGAAGCCUCUAUGAUGAGGCUUUGAGUCUGCAGCAUGAAGCGCUGGGGAUGUGUCGCACCAUUCACGGCAACCUUCACCUGCAGACACUGGCUAUGCUCUACAACCUUGGGCUGCUGCUUCACGCCAAGGGCUACUUGGACCAGGCGGCGGCUGUGGCGACGGAAGCCCUACAGAAUCGUCAAACGAAGCUUGGUUCCGAUCACCCGGACGUCGUUCUCUCCACCAACAGCCUCGCUUCUGUGCUGCUGGACAAAGGAGACCUUUCGGCAGCAAAGCAGCUACUCUCCGAGUGUGUGGAGAGAUGCACCGAGAAGUUCCACGAGCAGCACCACCUGGUUGCAAUGACGCGCUGCAACCUGGUGCGUGCUCUACUGGCACAAGACAACUGUCUGGAAGCAGUGCCGCUAGCAUGGCAACUGGAAGAAUCCCUGCGAGGGUACAGGUCUGGGACAAUCGGUGAGGGCGCUGAAAGAAUCCCCGAGGAUCUUCCGCAACGCUUAGAAGCAGAGAGCCUCUUCGCAGCAGCUCUCCUGACAACCUUUCGCUGCGGACGUGCUUCAGAGGAGUUGGACAAAAUCCUUCCAUUGUGUCGGGCGAGAUUGGGCGAUGCUCACCCCACAACGCUGGAAGCUCUCCAGAAUCGGGCGUGGGCAUGGCAAGUGGAGGGCGUGCUAGAGUCCGGUGCAGCACCGCUGGUUCGAGAAGUUUUGCAGACCUGCCGAGCUGUUUUCGGCAACGAUCAUCCCAAGACUUUAAGCGCCAUCAACCACCAGGCACGUUUGCUCCAAGAUCAAGGCCGAUUCUGGGAGUCCGGAUCCUUGUGCCACGAGAGCCUUGAAGCCUGUAGGGCGAUCUUGGGCAACACCCAUCCCACAACACUGGAUGCUCGCGAGAACAUGGCAUCCUUGCUGCAAGCGCAGGGCCAUAUGGAGGAAGCCAUGGUGAUGUUUCGCGAGUUGCUGGAGACCUGCCGUGCUCGUUUGGGGGAUGACCAUCGCAACACCCUGCGAUCAAUGAACAACCUGGCCCAGCUGUUCACUGUACAGGGUCGCCUGGAGGAGGCAGAGAAGCUAUCGCGCGAGGCGCUGGACCGACGCACCGGCCAGGAAAAGACAGUGGGGGACAUCCAGCUGGAAGACAUGGAAGUGAAUUUGCGGUUUUAUGCGGGCCGGGAUCGCCUGCCCCAAAUCUGCAAGUUCAAGCUUGCCGCAGUGUUGGUGGCCCAGGGCAAUUUUGCAGAAGCAUUGGCGCUGAUUGGCGAUUGCUAUGAUGCGCCCCGACUGGAGCUGGAAGACUUGGUAAAGCAGAUGAGGGAGAUGAUGUUCCAAUACCCGCAGCCCACAGAAGUUCUUGAGAAGAUUUGCCAAGUGCUCGAGGGCAUGAAGUGGCAACACUACAAGCUUCCCAAGGCGAAAAGUGGAGAGGGAUGGUGCUUCUGGGGCCACAGCCUUUGGCCGACCUCGGGUCCACAAAACGACGGCUUCCAGUGCAUGGCAUGCCGGCGCCGAGGAGGUCUCUUGCAUCGUUGUCUUGUUCGUCGCUGCAACUUCGCGUUGUGCGGUUCCUGCUGUGCCGCGCCUGCCUCAGAGCCAGCGUGCAGCAACGGGCACAAGCUCCAGCCUAUUGUCUCACAGGACCGCCAUUGCAAGCUGUGCUUAGCGCCUGGCACGACCUACAUGUGCUUAGCGUGUCGCUACGACUUGUGCAAUUCCUGCUACGCCAAGAAAGAAGCAAGCAUCAAGGAAGUGGGUCAACAAGGAGCAGCAGUGGACGACGCUGCCACACCUGCCUCCAGGCCGAAAUGCAACAAAGGCCACAAUCUUUUGGAGAUUUUGAAGGAAUUUCGCCAGUGCGACGUCUGUCGCAAAAUUGGCACGGCCUACCAGUGUCCCCCAUGUCAAUUCGACAUGUGCACGACCUGCUACAGCAAGCGACGGGAAAGCGGGGACGACGCGUGCAAUCAGAAACCAAGCAAAGGCGCCACACCUACCUCCAGUCCCAAAUGCAACAGUGGCCACGAACUUGAGCCAGCUGUAAAAGAGUUCGCCGCGACGUGUGACAUCUGUCGGAAACUUGGCACGGCCUACCGGUGUCCCCCAUGUAACUUCGACAUGUGCACUACCUGCUACAGCAAGCGACAGGCAAGCAUGGAGGACGCGGGCCAACCGGAAGCCAACACCCCUCACGACGACUGUGUGAUGCGUAUACAGAAGCCACACUUCGAAUUCAAGUCAAGCAGCGUUGUUGGCAUCAUGUUUCCGCGCGGCCUUGCGUUUGACUCGCGCGGAAGGCUGUGGGUUUCGCACUUCUUUGGUGAGCUUGAGGUGUGGGAUGCUGACUAUGCCACGAAGCUCCGUGAGGAGACUCUUCCGAGCCUUGCCCCUGCGCAGAUGUGUUUCACACCAGGCGGCGAGCUUCUGAUGACGUUUGCAGGUGGCCACGAGCGCGUGCAGAUGGUGGAUCCCACCGAUUUCGCAGAGCUUGACUGGUUUGCGAAACAGGUGCCGGGCAUAGUUGGAGUAGCUGUCUUCGGCCACCAGGCAUAUGUGACCAGACCGGGAUUUUCUGGGCUAUUGUCUGCGUUCGGCUUGGCGCAGUUCGAUGAAGAGGAGCUGCUUGACAUAGGUCGAAAGACACGCGACGGCGAUCAGCAGCCCUCUGGCCUUGCGGUGCUCGAGGGCGCUCUGAUGCAAGCUCCUCUCCGUUCCCUCGGAUUGGAUCAGCUCCUGGUAAUUGCCGACCGUAAACGAAACCGCGUGGUGCUUGUCGACCCCCGGGACUCACAGGUUCAUGGGCAUAUUCCGGAUCGUGAGACAUGGAAAGAAGGGGGUUCUCCCGGCGCCUUGCAGAAGCCAUCUGACGUGGCUGUAGACGCCGAAGGCAACAUUCUUGUAAUGGACAUCGGAAACGAGAGGGUGGCCGUAUUCCGGCAGGAUGGGACCUAUGUGACCAGUAUCCUCGAUGGCUUCUUGAAGGACUACGGUGACAACCUCAACUACAUGGCCUGCAACCAUGAGACUGGUCACCUCGCCAUCUCCAUGGGCCAUGAGCACAAGAUUGCGAUUGUGGCCUUGCCGAGCCGAUGCUCAACUCCUUGCAGGACACCAGACCAGCCAUCAGCUGCGAGUGCAUACAUCCGGUGCACCGGCGGCCAUGUCCUGUUACCAAAAGUGCGAAAGAAGGGGGUUUGUGCAAGAUGCACGAAAAAGCGAACAGCCUAUCAUUGUCAUGAAUGUGACGAAAGCUUGUGCGCCACGUGCUACCAAAGGAAGCUGGCCAAAGCGGAAUCUGCUCCAAGGUGCUUUUGGGGCAACGGCUUUGAAGAGUUCGACGCUGGUGGUGAAGGGUGCGGCAGCCGUCACUGCGAUGAAUACGCAACGUUCCAGUGUCUUUGUGACGACAGUUCCCGUCGAGACUUCAUGUGCGAAAAGUGCUACACGAAGUCCAAAGACGAAGAGAGGCAAAGAAAGGAGGCUCUCGACAAGCUGCUUUGCAACAAGGGCCAUUUGAUGCGGCCGAUCUCCAAGCUGCGGAGUCGUCGCUCCUUCGGUGCUUGUGACAGAUGUGGCUCUGCAGAAGCUUCUUACCGCUGUCUUCCAUGCCAGCUCAAUGUGUGCGGCUCCUGCUACUUCAAGCCGUCAGCAAAGACACCCGCCUUUUCGCCAAACAUCCGCUACCGCCACCAAAAACAUGAUGAAAGGGAACAAGCAGCUGCGGAAGCUGCUCUGAAGACCUCGCAGCCGCAGUGCAGCAAUGGGCAUCUUUUGGUUCUCAGUAUCGACAACCUGUUCAAACAUCAAUUUGAAAACACUUGCCGAAAAUGUCUGAGACGUGCGGAAUAUUCGUACGAAUGCCGCUCUUGCGCUUUCGCCCUCUGUGACGAAUGCUUUUACAGGAUCCAGGCAGACAUGGAGAAGGAACAUGGGCAGGAGGCACAUGAAGAUUAUUCCGCGCCGCCCGCCAAUGCCUUUCAGGAUCUGCCGAGAUGCCCAAAAGGCCACAGUGUGACUUACCUGGGAGCUUCCAGGGAGACGAAUUGGAGAUGCGAUGCUUGCAAGCGUGGCAUCCACGCCUUCGAUUCGCAAGAGGAGUGUGAGUUUGAUCUCUGCGGCCGAUGUUUUUUGCCACCAGAUCCUGUGGAGCCAUUGUGCUACAACGGCCAUCGCAUGCUGCGGUGGAAGUUUCGCUGGAGGUACUGCAAAGGCGAGAAAUGCAGCAAAUCCCCCACGGUCUACCGUUGUCGCGCAUGCGACCUGGACCUCUGCAAAACUUGCGCGGGCAAGCAAUGUGACAGAGGCGCACAGAAGAAAGGAGCUGAGGUGCCGUUCAGGAGGACUAGGAGAUCCGACGCAGCUCCGACAUCGGAGGGCGGAGAGGGGCCUGGCCUGACGGAGACCUCCGAGGAUACGCCCGAACCGCUGCCAUCACCAAGCAUGGUUCAGGCGCUGCUUCGGCCCAUCUACGACGCAGCCGCCGAGGUCGCCCUUGCUCGCGCAGCAGCUCAGGCACGGGAAAUCCAGAGAUCCUGCCACGUGCACCGUGCCCGAGUCGUCUUGAUGGACAUGAGGAAGCAAGUGCGCGCCGCGGGCGAGGUCCAGCGCAGUUGCCGUGUCCACCUGAGCCGGCUGCAGGUGCGUGAUGUCUUGUUGGUGGCCAAGGAGCAGGAACGCAUGCGCACCCGCGCAAUCAUGCGGCUGCAGACGCUUCUGCAGCUUGGACUUGUGAACAACUGGGGAGAGGAUCGACGAGAACCGCCCAUCAUGGCAUCAUUUAACUUGCUAGUUUUCCAGUUGCCACUUAACGCUGCAACCAAAGCCCAAAGGAAGCAAGUGCGCGCCGCGGGCGAGGUCCAGCGCAGUUGCCGUGUCCACCUGAGCCGGCUGCAGGUGCGUGAUGUCUUGUUGGUGGCCAAGGAGCAGGAACGCAUGCGCACCCGCGCAAUCAUGCGGCUGCAGACGCUUCUGCAGCUUGGACUUGUGAACAACUGGGGAGAGGAUCGACGAGAACCGCCCAUCAUGGCAUCAUUUAACUUGCUAGUUUUCCAGUUGCCACUUAACGCUGCAACCAAAGCCCAAAGGAAGCAAGUGCGCGCCGCGGGCGAGGUCCAGCGCAGUUGCCGUGUCCACCUGAGCCGGCUGCAGGUGCGUGAUGUCUUGUUGGUGGCCAAGGAGCAGGAACGCAUGCGCACCCGCGCAAUCAUGCGGCUGCAGACGCUUCUGAAAGGAAUGAGGGCAAGACAAGAGUUGCGUCAUCGGCGCGUGCUGGCUCGCGCAGCAGCUCAGGCACGGGAAAUCCAGAGAUCCUGCCACGUGCACCGUGCCCGAGUCGUCUUGAUGGACAUGAGGAAGCAAGUGCGCGCCGCGGGCGAGGUCCAGCGCAGUUGCCGUGUCCACCUGAGCCGGCUGCAGGUGCGUGAUGUCUUGUUGGUGGCCAAGGAGCAGGAACGCAUGCGCACCCGCGCAAUCAUGCGGCUGCAGACGCUUCUGAAAGGAAUGAGGGCAAGACAAGAGUUGCGUCAUCGGCGCGUGCUGAAUGAUGAGGCUGAACACGAAGCAGCCCUUGCUGCAGCUAAGGCCGCCAAGCAAGCUGAACAUGAAGCAGCCCUUGCCGCAGCUCAGGAGUCGGGCAUGGAAUGCUACUGGACGGCGGAGCCAGAACGGAAGCAGAAAGAGUUUACCUGGACGCACCUUCUCGUUGCAACGGAAGAUGUACUGGACAGCCUUGAGACAGCCGUCCAGUACACAUCUAUGGCACGUACGCUGCGAGAGAAGGGGCUGCUGGCGCGUGGUAUCAGGAUGAUGGAGAGGGCCCUGGCCAUCGUGGAGCGCCAAGAGAUGGCGCACCCGGCCCUUUGCUUGGAAGCUGCGAAGGUCCGGCUGUACUAUGCGGCCUACCUGAGCGAAGGUUUUCGGCAUCGGGAGGCGCUGCAGGUCAUCAAGGACGCGCAGGAGAGCCUGACCCAGCUGCUGAAGUGGGCUUCACAAACCCCGGAAGAUUUGGCCGUGCAGGCACUCGGGCGCGAGGCCCGAUCUCUGCACGCGGCUGCCAUCGUCGCGCAGGCAAUGGCUGUGGAGUACUUCGAGGAGGAUGACUUGGAUGCCCCUGAGGGCCCCGACGAAGCUCAGAAGGAGACGGCGCGAGUGGCCGCGGCCUCGUUGGCACCAGCGCCUGGUUGCGGCAAACAGCUACUCUACAGGCAAGCUAUCAAAGCCGUCAUCUAUGCGCAAACAUGCAAGAGAAACUUAAAGAGACUACUGGCAGGCAGCCAGGACACAUUCCCACCAGCUGAUGGCUACACUUACAUGCACUCAGAAUUCGCCCCUCAGCCGUCGGCCAUUUCGAGCGAGGCAACCGAGGCAGGUGGCGUUACGCGCGCCGGGCGGGAGGCACGCGGUGGUCCCCGAAGUGUCUGCUGGCAAGCACGCGGCCGAGAACGACCCGAGGCUACGUCGCGCAAAAAGAAGUGCGAGGUGAAAGCGGUGUCCAAGGCAAGGCCGGCCAAAGCCAUGGGCAAGGACACAGCCUGA